CUGUGUGUUGUUCCCAUAAUGAUGAUCGCCAUAUUUCAAAGUCUUUGACUCUUUUUAUAUUGUGGACACAAGACAAUGAUCUGGCAGUUGGCUAUCAUAAUUAGAGAAAUAUCCAUCGAGACAGUAAGACAUUGGAAUUUAAAGUUUUUGGAACCCAAAACAUUGUCGAUAUGUGUCAAAAAAUAAUGAAAAAAAAAAGCAAACAGUAUUUUCAGAUUUCAAGUUGUUAAAUUUUUUAGUAAAUAAUGGUGAGUUUCUAUGGUAUAAUUCUGGCAAAGAUCGUCGUCUUGUUCCUUGUGCCUGGUCUCGACAGUCAGUGCUAUGAUUGCGCCAAGGCGUGGAAAACAAAGUGCAAUGCAAGUCAACCCGGAUAUUAUUGCAUGUCGGGCGCCGAAAUAUCAAAGGUCCACUUGACGUCCGAACAAUUCGCGACCAGCACACCAGAUCCCACAAAAUUGUUUUCAGACUGUUCGCCCUAUCCGCUCGAUGUGGAUUAUAUUCAACAAUGGUGCUGCUUUUGGUCUGCUAGUAUAGGCUGCCAGGUUGCCAUGCAUCCGCAGAUAUAUAAGUCUGGACAUCCGUCUAGAUUUUGUGACUUCUGCAAGGCAAAAUGUAUCUGCAGAGGUCUGUCAGUUCUGGGUGUACAGCAGCCCUGGCAUUGGACUUAUCUGGGCUGCAUGACGUUAUUGAUGCAUCGUUUUUUCUGAUAUUUCCCAUAGAGAUAUUGUAAAACAGAAGUACUGUAAUUUUCCUUGUAUGGUAUAUAGCGAUGUGAGUGCACACAGGCUGCAUUGUGUAGAGUAUGUUGCGGGCAAUGCCGGGUAACAGCAGCUUGAAUAUAUGUAUACAGAUGUAUUAAAUGCCAGUUCCAAAG